AUGGCGACUCUUUGCUCUCUACGAUCAGCGACAGCGAUAGGUCUCCCGCCAUUUCCCGCUCCCAUUUCGUCCCAGUUCUCUGCUUCUAGUGCUGCCAGUACUUUUGGCUCGCGAUCUUGUUUAAGCCUCUCCUCGUACUCCUGUCCUUCCUCUAUCUCUCGGCUAUCCCAUGUCUCGUCCGGCCAUCCCACCUCGCCAUCCUUCCUUCGUCCCACGCCGUUCCUAGCUCCAACCCCCGCGAAACCCGCCGCGUAUCGCGCUCGCGCGUCCAGACCUCAGCUCCAAGUGACCCGCGCCGCGACAGAACGGAGUGGCGCCAGCGGCGGCGGCGGCGGCGGCGGCGGGGGGGGGGGAAAAAACUCCCCCAGCUGGCCGGAUGCACUGUGGCGAGGCACGCUGAGGCGGCUGGCGUCAUUCCCGCUGGCCAUUGGGCUGCUCUUCGCUGUCGCCGGGUUGUGCGCUGUGGGCACCUUGAUAGAGCAGGGAGCACGGCCGUCCGAUUACGUGGCGCUGUUUCCCGACGGCACUUUGCUGAGCUGGCAGAUCGUCUUGGCUCUGGGGUUCGAUCACGUGUACAGCUCACCGCUCUUCCUCUCCCUGCUGCUGCUGCUCGCCGCCUCCCUUGCUGCCUGCACGUCAGUGCGCCAGCUGCCCAUGCUCAAGGUCGCACAAAGGUGGUCUUUCAUCCAACGGCCAGAGUCUCUCUGCCAGAUGGACUUCUCUGAUUCGCUGGAGAGGGCGCAGAUUGCUGACCUGGCAACGCUGCUCAUGCGCAAGGGAUACCAGGUCUUCCAGAAAGGACCAGCUAUGUACGCGUUUAAAGGCCUGGUGGGGCGACUAGCACCCAUAGGCGUGCACGCUGCGCUACUAUUGGUCAUGGCCGGGGGUUGCUACAGUGCGUUGGGGGGGUUCCAAGGGACUACCCUCACGCCGCAGGGGUUAGACGUGGUUGUACCCUCUGCGCUGCAGGGCAGCAGCAUCUUUGCCCGGCCUACCACCGCAAUGAACAUGCUUGUUCAUGUGAACCGAUUCUACAUCGAGUAUCGGCCAAAUGGGGAGGUGAAGCAAUUUUUCUCAGACCUCUCAGUGACUGACUUAUACGGCAGGGAGCUCCAAAGAAAGACUAUCAGCGUAAACGACCCGCUGCGCUGCCAGGGAGUCACCAUGUACCAGACCGACUGGGCGAUCUCAGCCGUCCAGCUGCGAUCCGACGGUGGAGAGCCCUUCAAGCUGCCCAUGGCGUCGCUCCAGGAGCCGGGCAGCAGCCAGAAACUUUUCGGGACGUUCUUGCCGACGGGGGAGGAGGAGAAUGCAGAUGGGGGAGAAGCAACGACCACGGGCAUAAGCAUACUGGCCAGGGAUCUUCAGAACGUGGUGAUCUACGACUCUAAGGGCGAGUUUGUGGGGGUGAGGCGGCCGGGAUCAAACCGGUCAAUCAUGGUGGAAGGGAAGAAGCUGGUGAUAGAGGAGCUUAUCGGGAGCACGGGGCUGGAACUGAAGAUGGACCCUGGCGUGCCCUAUGUGUAUGCUGGCUUCGGUGCUCUCAUGCUCACCACCGCCAUCAGCUACCUCUCUCACUCGCAGUUUGGAGUUGCAGUGGAGGGGAGGAGGCUGGUGAUAGAUGAGCUGAUGGGCAGCACGGGGCUGGAAUUGAAGAUGGACCCUGGCGUGCCCUACGUGUAUGCUGGCUUCGGUGCUUUGCUCACCACCGCUAUCAGCUACCUCUCGCACUCGCAGCUACCUCUCUCACUCCCAGGUGAGCUUCUUCGCCUCUUCCCUCCUCUUUCCCACUGUUCCACCCCACUCGUUGGCGCUCUCAUGCUCACCACUUCCAUCAGCUACCUCUCUCACUCGCAGGUACGCAUCCCUCCCCUCUUGUACACACUUGCUCCUCUCUGA